ACAUGGAUGGUUGUCUAUUAACUUGUUCAAAAAAGUAUCAGGAGUUGUCAAGGCAGAGAAGAGAGUGUUUGCAAAAGGGGGAAAGUAGUUUGCUGCCUCUUUAAGACUAGGACUGAGAGAAAGAAGAGGAGAGAGAAAGAAAGGGAGAGAAGUUUGAGCCCCAGGCUUAAGCCUUUCCAAAAAAUAAUAAUAACAAUCAUCGGCGGCGGCAGGAUCGGCCAGAAGAGGAGGGAAGCGCUUUUUUUGAUCCUGAUUCCAGUUUGCGUCUCUCUCUCUUUUCUUCCCCCAAAUUAUUCUUCGCCUGAUUUUUCUCGUGGAGCCCUGCGCUCCCGACACCCCCGCCCGCCUCCCCUCCUCCUCUCCCCCCGCCCGCGGGCCCCCCAAAGUCCCGGCCGGGCCGAGGGUCGGCGGCCGCCGGCGGGCCGGGCCCGCGCACAGCGCCCGCAUGUACAACAUGAUGGAGACGGAGCUGAAGCCGCCGGGCCCGCAGCAAACUUCGGGGGGCGGCGGCGGCGGCGGCGGCGGCAACUCCACCGCGGCGGCGGCGGGCGGCAACCAGAAGAACAGCCCGGACCGCGUCAAGCGGCCCAUGAACGCCUUCAUGGUGUGGUCCCGCGGGCAGCGGCGCAAGAUGGCCCAGGAGAACCCCAAGAUGCACAACUCGGAGAUCAGCAAGCGCCUGGGCGCCGAGUGGAAACUUUUGUCGGAGACGGAGAAGCGGCCGUUCAUCGACGAGGCCAAGCGGCUGCGAGCGCUGCACAUGAAGGAGCACCCGGAUUAUAAAUACCGGCCCCGGCGGAAAACCAAGACGCUCAUGAAGAAGGAUAAGUACACGCUGCCCGGCGGGCUGCUGGCCCCGGGCGGCAACAGCAUGGCUAGCGGGGUCGGGGUGGGCGCCGGCCUCGGCGCGGGCGUGAACCAGCGCAUGGACAGCUACGCGCACAUGAACGGCUGGAGCAACGGCAGCUACAGCAUGAUGCAGGACCAACUGGGCUACCCGCAGCACCCGGGCCUCAACGCACACGGCGCCGCGCAGAUGCAGCCUAUGCACCGCUACGACGUAAGCGCACUGCAGUACAACUCCAUGACCAGCUCGCAGACCUACAUGAACGGCUCGCCCACCUACAGCAUGUCCUACUCGCAGCAGGGCACCCCAGGCAUGGCGCUUGGCUCCAUGGGCUCGGUGGUCAAGUCCGAGGCCAGCUCCAGCCCCCCUGUGGUUACCUCUUCCUCCCACUCCAGGGCGCCCUGCCAGGCCGGGGACCUCCGGGACAUGAUCAGCAUGUACCUCCCCGGCGCCGAGGUGCCGGAGCCCGCCGCCCCCAGCAGACUUCACAUGUCCCAGCACUACCAGAGCGGCCCGGUGCCCGGCACGGCCAUUAACGGCACACUGCCCCUCUCGCACAUGUGAGGGCCGGACAGUGAACUAGAGGGGGGGAGAAAUUUUCAAAGAAAAACGAGAGAAAAGGGGAGGAGAGUAAGGAACAGCAUGGAGAAAAACCCGGUACGCUCAACAAAAAAAAAAAAAAAAAAAAAAAAAAAAAAAUCAUCACCCGCAGCAAAUGACAGCUGCAAAAGAGAACACCAAUCCCAUCCACACUCACGCAAAAACCGCAAUGCCGACGAGAAAACUUUUAUGAGAGAUCCUGGACUUCUUUUUGGGGGACUAUUUUUGUACAGAGAAAACCGGGGGGGGGGGGAGGUGGGGCGGGCGAGGGAAUGGACCUUGUAUAGAUCUGGAGGAAAGAAAACUACGCAAAACUUUUUAAAAGUUCUAGUGAUACGGUAGGAGCUUUGCAGAAAGUUUGCAAAAGUCUUUACCAAUAAUAUUUAGAGCUAGUCUCCAAGCGACGAAAAAAAUGUUUUAAUAUUUGCAAGCAACUUUUGUACAGUAUUUAUGGAGAUAAACAUGGCAAUCAAAAUGUCCAUUGUUUAUAAGCUGAGAAUUUGCCAAUAUUUUUCAAGGAGAGGCUUCUUGCUGAAUUUUGAUUCUGCAGCUGAAAUUUAGGACAGUUGCAAACGUGGAAAGAAGAAAAAUAUUCAGAUUUGGACAUUUUAAUUGUUUAAAAAUUGUACAAAAGGAAAAAUUAGAAUAAGUACUGGCAAACCAUUUCCGUGGUCUUCUUUAAAGGGGAAAAAGUUUUAGAUUGUACUAAAUUUUUUUUUAACUUACUGUUAAAAGCAAAAAUGGCCAUACAGGUUGACAUCGUUGGUAAUUUAUAAUAGCUUUUGUUUCCCAACUUUCCAUUUUGUUCAGAUAAAAAAAAAACAUGAAAUUACUGUGUUUGAAAUAUUUUCUUAUGGUUUGUAAUAUUUCUGUAAAUUUAUUGUGAUAUUUUAAGGUUCCCCCCCUCCUUUAUUUUCCGUAGUUGUAUUUUAAAGAUUCGGCUCUGUAUUACUUGAAUCAGUCUGCCGAGAAUCCAUGUAUAUAUUUGAACUAAUACCAUCCUUAUAACAGGUACAUUUUCAACUUAAGUUUUUACUCCAUUAUGCACAGUUUGAGAUAAAUAAAUUUUUGAAAUAUGGACACUGAAA